AUGAAAUUUCAUUUCAUUUCUAGUUGAAGCAAGAGGCACCCUUCUAGUUCUGUUUUUCAGCUUGGAAGGAAUUAUUCGCUAAAGAAUCACUAAACCAAUGGCUUUUGAAAGUCAAAUCACAUUUUUGAGUCUCACUUUGGUCUCAUUCUUUAUUCGCUUCUGCGAAAGUGGAUGUUCUGAAGGACUAUAUUUUGAUAAACUUCCAUUCAGAAAGUUUGAGUUGGGAAAUGUAAUCCAAACGAUUUUCGUUGAAGAUGAAAUGGACUGCUUUAUUACUUGCUCACGUUUGCCAGAAUGUUUGUCUAUGAACAUCGCUGACCAAAAGAAGCAAGAUGGUUUGUUGGAAUGCAUUCUUCUAAGAGAGUUAGCAAUGCCUUCUWCCGGGCUCUUCAUCCUAUCUCAGAUCUAUCAUUACUACUUUCGACGCUUCGGAGAGGGUAUGUGUGCCACCCCGAGAUGCAAGAAUGGCGGGGUUUGCAUAACGCUGGUUAACGACUAUCGCUGCCACUGCAGACAAACGUUCGCUGGUAAAGAAUGCGAAUUCUACCUAAGUUGCAAUACUGGUUCUGCACUUGGAAUGCAAGACGGUACAAUUACUGACCAACAGCUUUCAGCCUCAUCCACUUACUCAGCCUGGUUACUUCCAGCCUAUGGAAGACUUAACUUUAAGAGAAACCAUAGGUAUAACCAUGGAUCAUGGGCAGCCAAGAUUAAUGAUGUCAAUCAGUGGUUUCAAGUCGAUCUUGGCACCCUUGCUAAGGUGACAGGGGUGGCAACCCAAGGUAACCCAGUGUAUGCAACAUGGGUGAAAAGCUACGGCCUGCAGUAUAGUGUAGAUGACAGUACCUAUGAAGACUACGAGAAAGGGAAGACAUUCUCAGGAAACAGCGACCAGAUCACUGUUGUUAAGAACGAUGUGAAUUCUGCUAUCAUUGCGAGGUACAUCAGGAUACGACCAAAGACAUGGUUCAAACGUAUCAUGUUGAGGGUAGAGUUAUAUGGGUGUAAAUAAGGGUGAUGUAAACCGCCUUCAACCAAAACGUAAAGAAUCAAAAGAAUAUAUAGGACAAUAAUCCCGAGAAGACAUACCGGAGUAAGCUGAGACGCCAGUAAUCUCUCUUGUCUAACCAUAGUUAAUAGAGGGGAAUGGUUAGGAAACCCUUUUGUUAUGAGUCUUUGUUCACUUUUUUCAAGCGCGA